AUGGGUUUAGAGCUUAGCAAACAGAAGUUCAUAUGGUUGUUGAAGGAUCCUGAUAAUACUGAUAUCUAUCUCGGGGCAAACCUCAAUAGAGAAUUUGAGUUUCAUGCAGGGUUUGAGGAAAGACUAAACGGGGUCGGGUUACUAGUUAGAGAUUGGGCACCACAAACAGAAAUCUUGGCUCAUUCAUCCAUUGGCGGGUUCUUAAGUGCGUGUGAUUGGACUUCUUGUGUAGAGACCAUCACUAUGGGAGUCCCAAUUAUUGCUUGGCCUACACACUCUGACCACCCAAAAAAUGGUUUUUUGUUAACAGAAAUGCUGAAAAUUGGCCUGGUUAUAACGGAAUGGGAUAAGAAACGCGAUGAGAUGGUCACUGCAUCCACCAUUGAUAAUGUCGUGAGGAAGUUAAUGGCAUCAGAAGAAGGCGACGAGGUUAGGAAAAGAGCAAAAGAGUUGGGAGAAGCCGUGAGGAAGUCUACUGAGAAAGGGGGUGCUUCUCGAAUGGAGUUGGAUUAUUUUAUCGCGCAUAUCACUAGAUAG